GCGGAGGGGGUAUAGCAAUCGUUGAAUCGCUAAACAACUAGGCAUAGGGAAGAGUUCGGUCCAUCAAGGCGAUUGUAGAGUCUAGCCGUGAUGACAUGCGUCCUACGAUACCCUCAGCCGGUCGCCCUUGCUUAGUGAUAGAGAGAGUUCGCCGCGGCAUAGUUCGGUCGAUUACCAGCGAGGAGGCAGAAAUCUCCGCUCACGUGACGAAAAUCGUUGAGAAGCAGCACGGCAUCACGUUGCAUCCUAAGACAUUGCGUAACGCUUUGAAUGGGAGCGAACUUACCGUCAAACACGGGGGAGGUGACUUGAUGAUUUACGACUGCAUGUCGUAAAAGGGAGCGGGUUUCAUGAGCAAUAUGGUAGGAUGGACGGACUGCUCUCGCUGAGUAUACUGCAGGAUGAUCUCAACAGUACGAUUGAGCUUUACCAGCUUACACCCUCAGAAACUAUCUUCCAGCACGACAACGACCCGAAGCACAAGUUGCGUAUCGUACAGGAGUGGCUUAGAGAGCAAGAUUUUGGGGUGCUAGAGUGGCCGUCUUCCUCACCCGACCUCAACCCAAUGGAACAUUUAUGGGCUCAUCUCAAGAGGCAGCCGGCCAAGCCUUAUAAGCCUCCCACUGGUAUGCUGGACCUUUGGGAGCGGGUGCAGGAGGAAUGGGAGAAGAUCCCGGCGGAUGUGUGUACCCACCUGGUGGAAAGCAUGCCCAGGAGGGUGAGGACGGUGAUUAAGGCGAAAGGGCGGUGGAUUAGGUACUAGUUUGGGGUUGAUGUAACUUGCGCCUUGCGCCUGGCAGGUCCAUAUGUACCAAGAUUGUU